AUGGGGCAGGCAAACUGCUGCGGCGGGAAGGGCGCUACCAGCCCCGCUCCCGGCACGCAGCGAGAGUCCGCGGUGCCUCGCGCCCGCCAUGGGCUCUUCAGCAGGAGAGCCUCUCGGUCCCCGCAGCCGCCAAACACUUUCGUGUCGCGCAGGAGCCCCGAACUGCUCCUCCGCGACCGAGUGUGGGUGACGCGGCGCCGGCGGACCACGCAGAGGCACCUGCUCCUCUUCCCAGACGCCGUUGCUGUUGCCAGCCUCAAGUUCCGCUCCACCUUCUGCCUGAGGCACCGCGUGUGCCUCAGCCAGCUCUGGGUGGUGAGCGGCGAGGACGAGGCAGCGAGCGAGCGGGAAGAGAGGGUGCUGGAUGAGGACGAGGAUGAGGAUGAGGAGGUAUUCAGCCUGUCAAGGCAGAAUACGCUCAUCCUCAUCUGGCCCAGCGACCUCUGUGCGGUCACUUUCUGGUCGCGGGAGGGCAAGGAGCGAUGGCUGCAGGCCAUGCUGAGCCGAGGAUCCCAGGGGCCCAGGGUCACCCGGCUGCCCUCCCUGCGCGUCCUCAUGGAGGCCAUCAGCUUCUCGCGUCCUGGGGUGACUGCUGAGACAGCGAGGAAGCUGAUUUUGGCGGACGCUGAGGCCAAGCAAUACUCCAUCCAGGCCCCCGCAGCCAGUGAAGAGGGACUUGGCCACUCAGCGGAGCUGCAUUCAGAAGACCAUUGUGACGAGGCAGUGGAAUGCCAGGUGGAGUGCCAGAAGAGUCACCACCUGCACACACCACCCUCGCCACUCACCACUGAGGCGCCAAUAGGCGGACAUGUGGCUGCGCAAGCAGGACAGAGAGAGCCUCAGGUAUCUGACUUUGACCUGCGAGUCGAGCCAUUGCUCCAAGCGCUGCUUCACGUGACUGUGGAGCAAGCUUCCCUGGAAAUCGUGGUGGAAGAAGAGCUGGCCUUCCGGUGGGCACAGCAGUGCACUUACCUAAGGCAGUAUAAUGCCGAGAUGGCCGAGCGCCUCGAAGAACAGCAAAGGCGCCACAGGGAGGAGGAGGAGCGUGGCCGGCACCAGUACAUGCAAGGGCAGCAGCAAGAGGAGGAGGCGACACAGAAAACUGCUGCUCCGGCCUUUGCUCAGUAUUACUUGGCAGAUCCCACCCCGUCGCUCUUGACCAGUCUUCCUGAGAGUGGGGACUUCUGUGAGCAGCCAGAGACAGAUAUUGAGAAGGAAUUCCUUCCCUGGUGGACGGCAGAAGCGGAAGAAGCACAGGAGACGAGGCUUCCGGGGAAGGCAGUGCUUGCCUCUAAGUUAAGCCAAGAAAAACAUGCGUGCCUGCUUUCUUGUGGGCCAGUUCCCGAUGAGCAUUUGGGGGCUUCGAUUAGUCAGGCUUCAGAGGCUGCAACUCAAAUACCCAAGGAGUAUUCUGAGAUCUAUCUAGUAGAGAAGCCAAAAAAUCGUGAUGAAUACCUGUCCACCUCGGUGGGCCUCGGUGAAGCCACUUUUGGAACUCACGGGAAAUCUUCUUUCCAGCAGAAUGAAAAUUCAACAGAAGGAGAAAAGGAAAAAAAUAAUUCGCCGUGUGCAGCCAGUGGCCUGGCUAGUCCACUGGGCUUGGCUGGCACCACUGCUGCAGGCGGCUGA